AUGAAUUCGAGUUAUGGAAAAUCUAAUAACAAGUCUGGAUCAAUGGAUGCUUUUGAUUUCGAUCUUGGGAUCGGGACGGGACGCCCCAAAUCUUUGAAUGAUCAGAAAAACCAGACUUCCUCAUACACGCAUUCAUCUGCGUAUUCGAAGCCCAGUACUACACCGGCUUGGACCCAUAAACCGGUGAAUCCCGUCCAGUCUAGCGGAUCUGGGUCUAUAUCCGGUCCGACGUCCAUGGUAGGAGAUAUUUUCGGGAAGAGCUGGAAUUCUUCGGCUCCGAUGAAACCUGGUGGCUCGGGUAUUGGGAUUGUGAAUAGUAAGAACCCGAAUUUGUUUGGGGAUUUGGUGAGCUCGGCAAUAGGUGGCAACAAGAGCAGCAGCAAUGUGCCCCUGAAAGACGCAGCUCCAACUGCAAAUAAGAGCACGUUAUCGAUGGGAGGAAUGGCUGAUUCAUUGCCCAAAAUGGGCAGUUCUGUGAAAAAUGGUGGAAGUUCGGGGACUAAUGUUAGUAAUAGUGGUGGAACUAUGGAUUGGGAUGGAAGUUAUGUAAGGAGUUCGAGUCUUGGUGAUGGAAUGGGCAGUUCUGUGAAAAAUGGUGGGAGCUCAGGGACUAAUGCUAAUGAUAGCAGUAGAACUAUGGAUUGGGAUGGAAGUUAUCUGAGGAGUUCGAGUCUUGGUGGUGGGAAUACUACUAAGAGUUCAAAUCUAGGUGGUCCGUCUAUGAAGAGUAUGGCAGGAAGUGGUGGUAUGAGUUCAAAUAAGGACCCUUUUGGAUCUUUGUUUGAUUUCAGCUCUAAGCCAAGUGGUAGUAUGAACUCAGAGAAUAAAGGGAGCAAGAAGGGUGGUGUUGAGGACGAGUUUGGGGAUUUUAAAAAUGCGACUCCAAAUACAAGUGGGUCGUCAUUUCCAUCGAGUGCUUUUUCCACGAUUAAUAGCGAUCCAAUGGGUGAUUUUGGGUUUUCAAAUCCCCAGUCACUGAAUCAAAGUCAGCGAUCAGGGAAAUCUGUGGGGGUAAAUGAUUUUGACACAUUGUUUUCUUCUUCCGGUGGCAGUGCAAACCGGAGUCAAGGAUUUGUGAACCAGCAGUUUUCAGGGGGUGAUGAUUGGGGUAUGGAUUCAGAAUUUGGAGGGCAUGAUACUGGUGGGACCACUGAGAUUGAAGGGCUUCCACCCCCACCUGCCGGAGUUACUGGUUCGGCUGCAAAGACUAAGGGUAUGGAUAAUCACAAGCAGGGUCAGUUUGCUGACGCUAUCAAAUGGUUGUCUUGGGCUGUCAUUCUUCUUGAAAAGGCUGGCGACGAUGAUGGGAGUAUGGAGGUUUUAACCUGCAGAGCUUCAUGUUACAAGGAAGUUGGGGAGUACAAAAAGGCUGUGGCUGACUGCACAAAGGUGCUGGAACACGAUGACUCAAAUGUAUCUGUCCUCGUACAACGUGCUCUUCUUUAUGAGAGCAUGGAGAAAUACAAGCUUGGGGCGGAAGACCUCAGGACCGUUAUGAAACUGGAUCCUGGCAAUAGAGUUGCUAGAAGUACCAUUCAUCGUUUGACUAAGAUGGCUGGCUAUUAG